CUCAAGAUUAUUAUUCUCGGUCUUCGUUAAAUCCUAUGCCUAACGCACAUUGAGUCAUUAAUAUUAUCGCUCCAAGAAAAGAAUCUAUUAGCAUUAUGCUCCUCUUCAUGAGCGUUUACUGCAAUAAUUUAACUAGUUAAGUUUUUAUUGGUGGAUCAACCAGUCGCGUACAGUGAGUGAACAAUUUAGGGAGUGCUGUGUGUGAUUUUUUUCAACGCUGCAUCCACAAAAUAAAGAACAUGCUUUGAAAAUAAUGGGUCCAGGAUGUAUUUGGAUUUUGUUCACGUGCUUCUUGAUAAAUAAUACUUUGGCUUCAACCUGUGGCAAAGAAGCAAAAUGUAGCAUCAACAGAAUCCACGGAAUGAAGGCAGCGGACUGCUUUAAUCAAAACAUCAGGAUGUUCCCGCAGUGUUUAAGCAGUGAUUUACAGGUUUUGGACAUCUCUCAAAACCGUAUAAGAAAGCUGGAUAAAAAAGACCUGAAACGUUAUUCCGGUUUAAAAAUGUUGUACUUAUCAGACAACCUAAUACGUUUGAUUCAGGAUGAAGCAUUUGAAGGAAUGAACGAUCUGACAACAAUAGAUCUAUCCUGGAAUGCGAUUGAGGUGGUACCUCCCUUGAUUUUUCAACUGCCUUCACUCAAAACUCUAUAUUUGGGCCACAACAACAUCAACAUCGCCGACACUUUCGAUCAAAUUAAAUCAAUAUCUAGUCCCUUGUCCAAUUUACAUUUGGAUUAUAUCUCUGAAGAUGGACCGGUGCCGUUUCCUAGUUUAGGUGUAGUUCCUUUGUUGACAAGGCUUAACAUUUCGGGCACCGAUUUUGACGAUAUGACUCCAAAACAAUUCGCUGGACUGUGCAAUCUCAAGACAAUAAUCAACGAGAACACUACUGUGGAGUUUAUUAACAGGUGCGACUGUUGGAGGAUAAAUCGGUGGUUGAUUAGGCGGCGGGUGGAAUUCAAAGCCUUCGAGUGUGACAUCGAUGGCAGCGAGUGUGCCAUGGAAAUAAGCGAGGAGGACCUUAAGACAUUCCAAGACUGCGAAGUGUUCGCUGAAAAGAUGACAAGAACUCAAAAAUUAAACAAAGGAUUAAUUUAUGCCGGCAUUAUCGCCGGUAUUUUUGUCUUGUGCAUAUUAGUGUACAUUAUUUAUCAAAAAACGAACCGAAUUAAGCCGAGACUUAAUCAAAAAAGUACCGUCAAUCUUCUAUGAGGAACUACUAAAGAAAUGUGAUAUUUGUGUUUAUCAAAACUAGUUGAAUAGUUAGAUUUUGUAUUAUUAGUUUAUAAUUUAUUAUUGAUUAAAUUGAUUUUUAAUAAAAAA